AUGUUUCUGCUGACUUCCUCAAAUCACUGAUCACUUCAGGCUCCACUUGGAGUUUUCCAUUAUUUUGCUUCCUGCUCUCUGUGGAAAUGUUGGGAAAGAUCUUCGUCCUGCUCUGUUUAUCAUCUGCUUGGGCAGAAGACCUCUGUUCAAAAGCUGCUCCUCCAGAGGCCUACUAUGUGCGGCUCAGCAUCAAAACUGCCCUGGGAGAUAAAGCUUACGUCUGGAAUGAUAAUGAAAUGUUCCUUUUCCAAGCAACUCUGGCCUUUGCCAUGAGGAGUCAGUUCAGCGGCCAGGAAUACAACGUGUCAAACAUCGUCGUCUGCGAUAAGACGCCCAGAGUGUCGUUCUGGUUCGUGGUGACAUCACUGGAGGACCCGUCACGCCUCGUGUCGAGAGGAAGCGUGGAGCAGGCUGUGAGAAAGUCCAGGAAUCGCAUCAACAGCGCCUUUCUGCUGACCGAUAACACUCUGGAGUUCAUCGGCAUCACUCCCACCCUGGCAGCGCCGGUCGCCCCCAACACCCCUCCGUGGCUCAUCGUGUUCGGGGUGGUCAUGGGCGCCGUGUUCGCUGGCAUCCUCGUUCUGCUGGUGUUGCCCUUAAUCCAAAAGAAACGCAAAAAGAACCAGCCAAUGGACGACGAGGACAGUGACGAAGAGACGCAGGUGAAGACGGUGGAGAACGGACCUGAGAGGAGCGGAGUUUACAACACGUCGUUCUCAGAUGAUGACAGAUUCACACAGAUGUAAAACUCUUGUACUCCUCACGUAGUCAAUACGGUGGAAAAUAACAAAUGAAGCAUUUCCUCUUUGCCCCCUCAGGGCUUCUGUAGAAGUUAGAUGGAAACUUAGAAAUUAUUAAAAAGGUAUGAUCACCUGUCACCCGUUACUGGCUGCCUGUUAGAAGACAGCUAUUAAAUAAUGAUGUGGUUAUUUUCAAAUCAGUUUUGAGGUAAUCACUGUGGAAAAUGAAGUUGUGAUUUCAAAGACAUUUCAAAUAUGUAACCUGUUUCUUCAUCUGAUACAAUGAGAUGUAACAAGAAAAGAGACAGAGGCUCCAGUCUCAGAUCAACUCGGCCAAACACGUUUAUGCAGAACCGGGAUUUAUAGCAAAGAAAAUGAAGUCUUGAUAUCUAUAAGCCUUUGAUACAGAGCAAACAUAUCAAGAUGUAUCGGUGUGUUAUUCUGAUGGGGAAAGAUUUCCAGGCUACAGACGAGUCGCUUACUAUAUUUAACCUGCAUAUUUUUCUUUCUUCUUUCUUCCAAACAUUUGAUUGAUUCGGAUGUGAUCAAAUCAAAACAAAAAGCCCGGCGGUGAUGUCUGUACUCGUCGCUUGAUGUCUGCGACUGUCUCGUUCGCUGCCAUCCUCUUUCUUUUUUUUUUUUUUUUCUCCCCAGACUACAGAGAGACAGUGGAAAACCCCGGCAGUCAGUAGUAGCUGCUGUGGCAGUGCCCCAAAAAUGAAGCGUUCCAAAAUACUUGUUGUUUGUCUUUGCUUAAGCUCAUUUAAAGGAUGGCUGCACACAUUCAUACGAGUGGUUAUGGCAUUGGUAAUAUGUCACUGGUGAUGAUGGUGGCUUCAUAGCGACGUGUAAAGGGAAGUUUUAUAUAUAAUCGUGUAUCUAAAUGCUCUCAUGAGGCUUUAUCUGAACUCUGUAAAGUUUCAAGAUCAGGUGUGCUCAGUUCAUAUCUGAUGUUUGACUCUACUGCCUCCUGCAGGCCAUAAUGAGUCGGGGGGGGGGGUUUAUCAUGCGUCGCUGCACUGGUUCAGGUUCGACGCCCUCUUUAUGAAUUUCUGCUUGCAUAAUGUACACACACCUGGAGGACGAUGUGUUGUGAACCACCAUCUCUGCACAUAACGCUAUUAAAGUGUUUUUUUCCCAACUGUGACACUGA